AUGGGAGUGCGAUUUCCAACAAAUGAACGGACAACAUUCCUGAAGCCGGCAGAACUCAAAUCGUUGUUCAUCGUCAACUUUGACCGAAAUUUCAGAGGAAUUGAAAAACAACUAUAUCUAGCUUGCCCAGCUAUUCGGAAACAAGAAGACACAAUUCCAUACAACUUCGAAAGAAUUGAGAUUGGUUCGAGCGUGAUCAAAAUUGAUAAAUUGAAUGUCAAGGUUUCUUAUGACGAAAUAUGGCAAACCAAUUGUUGUGAAUGGUAUGAUAAUGGAGAUAAGGAGAAAACAACUGCACUACCAGAAAAAAUGUCAGUGGAAGAUGCAGCUGAGAAACUUUUCAUGUUUUAUAUGAAUAGACCAGGAACCAACAUCAAAAAAUUCAUAAUCAAGGGAACCCGCGUUUUUCUUCCAAAAUGCAUUCCUUUAAACAUUGAAAAACUUAAUUUUGGAUGCAGUAACGAUGCACCAGCAGAACGGUACCUGGAUCAAAACAACAAAACCGGUCGACCAUUUGAAAAUAUGCAAUAUUUUUCGUGA